AAUAAUAUAUAGAUACUGUAUAUAUGUAUAAAUACACAAUAGUUACACUCAAUACAAAAUACAUCCAUCUGGAACUGCUGGGAAAUGUAGUCUCUUAACAUGAGCAACUGCCUCCAUCCUUACAGGAGAUGUUGAAGUGCAGCAAGAGCGGCGAGGGAACGGCGGAGUUGGAUGAGGCCUUGUCCACCAUGUUGGACAUCAUCAAGUCGGUCAACGACUCCAUGCACCAGAUCGCCAUCACAGGCUUUGAGGGGAACCUGAGCGAGCUGGGCAAGCUGCUGAUGCAGGGCUCGUUCAACGUGUGGACGGACCACAAGCGGGGGGCCACAGCAAGGUGAAGGACCUGGCGCGCUUCAAGCCCAUGCAGAGGCACCUGUUCCUGUACAACAAGAUGCUGCUGUUCUGCAAGAGGAGGGAGGAGACCGCCGACAGCCACGACAAGACCCCCUCCUACGGCUUCAAGCACUCCCUCAAGAUGAGCGCCGUGGGAAUCACCGAGAACGUCAAAGGAGACAUCAAGAAGUUUGAGGUGUGGUACAACGGCCGAGAGGAGGUCUACAUCAUCCAGGCUCCCUCUAUGGAUGUGAAGAACAUGUGGGUGUCUGAGAUCCGGAAAGUUCUAACAGGCCAGCUAGAGGCAUGCAGAGAAGCGAGCCAGCUUCACCAAAAGAUUUCAGAGAACAUCUACCACGCCCCCAUGAGGAACAUGCGUAAAAUGGCCCUGAGGCAAUCCGAUUCGUCCAGCCCCGAAACGGGCUUCAGGAAGAGCAACCCCAGCCCCAACAUGAGACAGAAACGAGGUCCGCUCACGGCAGGUCCGCUCACGGCUAGUGUCAAAACCAAGAGGCACGAGAUCAAGAGCGAUCCCACGCCGUUUGGUUACGAAGAUACGCUGCGCGGUGCGCUCCCGGUGGCCGGGAAGGGUAAAGGCAGCACAGUCGCUGCCCCUACGGUACCCAGGUCCACGUCCCAGCCAGUUAACCAGAAAGGUUGGACACAGCGUCGGCUGCCGUCCAUGGACACGGAAGACUUUGAGACCAUCCCAUCGAGCGCAGAAGAACUCUCCAACUCCUCCGACGGAGAGGAGGACAAUAAGAAUGGCGACAGUAAUCGUUUUCGAGUCCAGCUGACGUACGAGUCCAGGACGACCCAAGACCUGUCUCUGGAGUCUGGAGACCUGGUUCAGUUCCUGGAGGAGGCGGAGAACGGCCACUGGCUAGUCAAGAACCUUAUAACAGAGAAGACAGGGCUGGUUCCACCCAGCAUUCUGCAGGCAGCAGCAGAUGGAGAUAUCUUCAGUGACCUGUGCACGGCGGCGCUUUCUGACUCAGAUGAUAAUGACGCCAGCACGUGGGGAGACGUGUCCCAGGACAGCAGAUAGACAUGGCCGUCAGUUGUAGCUUUUCGACCAACUCUCUGGAACAUGCCGGAACAACCCUGAUAAGGAAUGGCAUCCGAAUGCUUCCGAGCCAGUGUUGCACAAUAAACUACAUGUCUCAGAGGUGGGGGGGGGGGGGGGGGGGGG